CGGAAAGUGUGUUGGGGUGUGUGUGUGUUUGGUUUUGUAGUGAGAUCUCGGGAGGGAAACGUGGCUUCGGGAUUUCGGGGAGCGUAUUCCAAAGCCUCGGAGCAGCUAUAGAGAAGGCCCGCCUCUGAGUCUCCACCAGACGAGCUGGUGGUAACUGGAGACGAACCUCGUCAGAUGACCUUAAUGUGCGGUGGGGAUCACGCAGAAGAAGGCGCUCUCUAAGAGAGAAGUCACCUCACGGCAGUCUAGAAUGCUACAGUCUUCAUCCACAUCCCCCUUGUUCAUAUCAGACUUUCUGUAAUGUGAGCCACGGAUUACGGUGAGAUCACUAGAGGUGGUGUCAGGAUGAAAAUGGAGGCUCAAGAGCCAAUGGGCCGUGCACAGGGGGAGGGACCGCAAGGUUCUGUGAAAGACCUUCAUGUCCUCCAGGCUGGGAGUAUCAGUGAAGUUCUGCAGAGAAUCCCAGGAGCAACACUGGUUAAACAGGAACCAGGUGAGGGGCUCCUUCAGCACUGGGAAGCCCAAUGGCAGGAAUUCCUGAAGACAGUAGAGUCUCCUCAUUCAGGCUGGGGAAGUCCACAGUUGCCGGAGGAGCCUAAACCAUGGGGUGACCCUAAGGCCUUCCUGGCCACCUUUGAGCAAGUGGCUGAAGCCUGCCGGUGGCCCAGGGAAGAAUGGGCAUCUUGGCUCCUGCCAGCCCUCCGGGGAGAAGCCAAGCAGGCCUUCAUCAACCUAGAGGCCAGAGACAGAGAGGAUUAUGGGAAAGUGAAAGCAGCCAUCUUGCGAUGGGAUGGCAUGAGGAGAGAGAAGCUUCGCCAGCACUUCAGGAGCUUCUGCUACCAGGAGGCUGAGGGGCCGAGAGGGGCUUACAGCCGACUCCAGGAACUUUGCCACGGGUGGCUAAAAGUCGAGAGGCACACCAAAGAGCAGAUUCUGGAGCUGUUGAUUCUGGAGCAGCUCCUGACCAUCCUGCCACCGGAGAUGCAGAACUGGGUGAGGCAAUGGAGCCCGGAGACCUGUAUCCAGGCAGUGGCCUUGGCUGAGGAUUUCCUGCAGAGAGAUGCUGAGAGAAUGGAAAAACAGGUGCUGACGCUGCUCGCAGAGGCGGCUGUGAGCUUCUCCGGAGCAGGCCAGGCUCCUCCUGAAGCUGAGCAGAGGCCGCUGUGCAUGGAGGCCAAGCAGGAAGAUGACAACAGAGAAUCCAGCCUGCUGGCUGUGAAAGGGUGCAUGAGUGGAAGUGAAGAGCGAAAAUAUACACCAGAUGGGUCAGAGCAAGUGGGCCCAUAUGGGAUGUCAGUGGGAAGAGUGGAAGCAAAUGUUUCCCAUUGGUGCAAGCAGGAAAACUUCUCUGAGAAUUGGCACAGACGAGAGAUCCGCCCGGAAACCUAUCCAGAGAAGAGAGGGCGUGAAUCCAUUUCCUGCAGAGAAGAUUACAGAGAUGCUGAAGGCACCAUCCAGCAAAAAAUCUGCCAUGAUUAUAGGCAAGCGCGAGCUUGUGCAGAGAGCGUGAAUCAACGGGAAGCUCCCGAGCAGUGGUAUGAGAUGUCCGCAGGCAGCUCAAGAGAGAAUGCCUCCCUCCUCCGAUGCGAAAGGUCGCCGAUUCAGAAGACGCCAUAUCAAUGCAGCGAGUGUGGGAAAAGCCUCAGCCGCAAGGAUAACCUCACGAGGCAUCAGCAGAUGCACGCUGGGAAGAAGAAGCCCCAUCAGUGCACUUCUUGUCUAAAAACCUUCCGGGACAAGUCGCAUCUGAUCCGACACGAGAGGAUCCACACGGGGGAGAAGCCUUUCAGCUGCUCCGUCUGCGGGAAGAGCUUCAGUUGUAACUCGUACCUGGUCGUGCACGAACGGAUCCACACAGGAGAGAAACCUUAUACUUGCGCCGUCUGUGGGAAGAGCUUCAGCUGCAACUCGUAUCUCCUCCGACACCGGAGGAUGCACACAGGCGAUCGGCCGUACAAGUGCCUCGUGUGCGGCAAGAGGUUCACUUGCAGCUCAAACCUCAUUUUACACAAAAGGACCCACACUGGGGAGAGACCCUACAAGUGCUCCUGCUGUGCAAAAACCUUCCGCCAGAGGUCCCACCUGAUUUUCCACGAGCGGAUCCACACCAAGGAGAAGCCCUUCAAGUGCUCGGUGUGCGGGAAAAGCUUCAGCCGGAACGCGCAGCUCAUCCAGCACAAGAGGAGCCACACGGGAGAGAAGCUCUACAAGUGCUCCGUCUGCGGGAAGCGGUUCAGCUGCAUGUCAUACCUGAUCCAGCACGCCAGGAUCCACCAGCGGGACAAGCCCUACAAGUGUGCGGAGUGCGGAAAGACGUUCCGGCGGAGCGCGGAGCUGACCUCGCACCAGCGCAUCCACACAGGGGAGAAGCCCUAUAAGUGCUUCGAGUGCGGGAAGACCUUCAGCUGGAGCGCGGGCCUGACCUCCCACCAGAGGACUCACACAGGGGAGAAGCCUUAUAAAUGCUCCGCCUGUGGGAAAAGCUUCAGUCGGAAGCGGCUCCUUAUUAUACACAGUCGGGUACAUGUAGGGGAGGAGCCGUUUUAACUACUCUGCCCAUGUAGGGCAGUUUGGAUUCAUAUUUUAUGGGAACUGGAUAAAUCCGUAUUGCAGGGCUUCGCACAUUUGGGUCCCUGGGGUGGAGCUUUAAUGGGCCGGACAGGGUCAAAGAACACAAGCCGCCCAGCUCCUGGGAGCUGCUUGGCUUCCCCCUUCCACCAAGCUCCGGCCAGCCUCAUUCCCAGCCGGCUUCGUUCUUCGUUCUCUCCCUCGCUCAGGGAGAGAAUGAAGAAAACACCCAGCCGACAACGAAGCCAGCUGGGAAAUGAGCUCCAGAGGCCCGUGCAGGGCCCUUCUGGGUGCCGGCCAAACCCCGUGCAUGUGACGUCACUGGGGCGUGGCUGGUACAUGGGAGGGGUUGCCAGGGAGAAGGGCGAACACCAGCCCAUUCCUUACUAGCUACAUGCCAGUUGGGUCCCCAGAUGUUGUUGGACUACAACUGCCAUUAUCUCCAGCCACAAUGGUCUUUGGCCACCGUGGCUAGGAAUGGUGGGCGUUGUAGUCCAGCAACACCUGGGCACCCCUGCCAUACAAGAAAAACCAUCUAAAUUAGUGCUGUCACCUGAUUAGAGAGCUCAUCAUCUAUUCAUUGUACGUUUGGAUGAGUUGAUUAAGUGAUUAAGUCUGCAUAGAAUUGCUUAUGAGAAAAAUAGUCCUCAGGACUACUUUUUUGUUUUGCAAAAUUUGUUUGAAGUUUUUCUUCUUCCGAUCUGCUGUCUCACGGAUGCAGAUUUAAUUGAUUAAUCAAUUCAGAUUCCUUUAAACAAAGGCCAGCUCUCUGCGCCAACCCCCAGUGAAAUGAAUGAGUUCAUUGGACUAGAGAUUCAUGUGUCCAGCAUCCUGUUUCUUACAGUGGCUAACCAACUGCCUCCAGGAAAUGAAUGGGAAUUGUGUAGCCCUGAACAUUAGCUGAUUACUUAUGAGAAAAUCAAAGACAGCUGUGGAAGACAGAUCUUCCACAAAGACAGAUGUGAGUCUUUCGAGACUCACAAAGGUAUUACAGGGCAGGGGUUCUCAACCUUUGGUCCCCAGAUGGUUUUGUACUACAGAUCCCAUCAUCCCCUUUUGCUGCAGCCUGCGACGGGAUGAUGGGAGCUGGAGUCCAAAACCAUCUGUUGAACUAUAGCUCCUAUCAACCCUGAUUAUUGGCCACUGUGGCUGGGGAUAAUGGGAGUUGUAGUCUAACAACAGCUGGAAGACCAAAGUUGCUGGACUAGAGAUUCAUUUGUCCAGCAGCCUGUUUCUUACAGCAGUCAAGCAGCUGCCUCCAGGGAAACCCAAGUCUGAGAAUCCCUGUUACAGGAUAUUGGAAAAUGGGAGGGAUAGGAAACAUAGUAAACCUCUGAACCUUAUGCAGAGCCAACUUGGAUCAGGCUAUGUGCCACUGAGUUAAUGCAAAGAUUAUUUGAUUUAUGGUCACUUCCUGAAACGAUUUUGAACAUUGCCUGGGUGACAUAAUAAAAUCAUUUCUGGGCUCA